UUUGAACCUCAGGCCUUUUGGAACACCAACCGUGUUAUAUUAUUUUCUUUUCAAAGCACAUCCCCGUUUCAAUCUUCAACAGUACCAACCGUGUUCAUUUUAUAUUGCUUCUCUGGAACAAUAGUUCUUUUUCUUUUUCUUUGUAGUUGAUGAGAAUGAACUGUAUGGUUUCAUAGCGUAUACAGAAUCACCAUUGGAUAUAUAGGUAAACAAAUAUCCCAUAUUUGGGGUGAGGCAAUGGAAUCCCUUAAUAUGUGUGUACAUGAACGUGUGCUAUCAAUUGAGCUCUUUCAAGUUUCAAUGUUUAACCAGUCUUUUCAAAUAUAUUAUUUAAAAAUGGCUUGAUGAUGAUAUUUUACUGGCCUGGGGCCCUGGAAUCUAAAGUCAAACUAUUAUUAUUUUUUGUCUUCAUGGAUAUUUUAUUGAAUCAAUUCGUAACUAAUGAUGAUUCUCAUUUCUUACAACUUGCUCUACCACAAAGGAGGAUCUGGGUUGAACUGCACCAAUCAACCUGGGUCUUUCGUCAGUGAAGGGCUUUUAGCAAAAGAGUGAGAAUUUGAAUUCCAAAAAGGAAAAAUGGAGAAUGGUGUAGUUUCAAAUGGAGGAAGAGAGGAAAUAAUGGGGCCAUUGUUGGAGGGAAAUAAUGGUUAUCAUAGUCAAAAUGAAAAUGAUUUAGUGAGAAGGGUGUGGAUUGAAUCAAAAAAGUUAUGGCAUAUUGCUGGUCCUGGUAUAUUCAGUCGUAUUUCUGGUUUUUCCAUUACUAUAAUUACCAUAGCCUUUGCUGGUAAUUUGGGCAACCUUGAGCUUGCCUCAAUUUCCAUCGCCAUUAAUGUGUUUAUGGGUUUCAACUUCGGUUUAAUGUUAGGAAUGGCAAGUGCACUGGAGACACUGUGUGGCCAAGCUUAUGGAGCUAAGAGAUACCAUAUGUUAGGGAUUUUCAUGCAACGUUCAUGGAUUGUUCAGUUUGUCACCGCAAUUUUACUUCUACCGCUUUUCUUUUUCAUUUCACCAAUUCUUAGAUUCUUGGGUCAGCCAGACGAUGUUGCUGAACUAUCAGGGUUAUUGAGUUUAUGGUUGAUUCCACUUCAUUUUGCAUAUGCUUUUCAAUUUCCAUUACAACGAUUUCUUCAGAGUCAACGUAAGGCAUAUGCUUCUGCUUGGAUUUCUUUGUUUGCUGUAACAAUUCAUAUUUUCAUAAGCUGGUUAUUUGUUCACAAGCUUGGUGUCGGUAUAAUUGGAUCUGCUAUCACUAUCAAUAUCUCAUGGUGGAUUUUAGAUUUGGGAUUAUUUUGUUAUGUUGUUUGUGGGGGUUGCCCUGAAACUUGGGGCGGUUUUUCUACGGAAGCCUUUUCUGGCCUGUGGGAUUAUUUCAAACUCUCUGCGGCUUCUGGGGUCAUGUUGUGCUUGGAGGUUUGGUACUACAGAAUACUAAUGCUAAUGACAGGGAAGUUGAACAAUGUCAAAAUUGCGGUGUCAGCUCUGGCUGUCUGUAUGAACAUAAAUUCAUGGGAAAUGAUGAUUCCACUUGCCUUCUUUGCUGCAACUGGGGUAAGGGUAGCUAAUGAGCUUGGAGCAGGGAAUGGUAAAGCUGCAAAAUUUGCCUCCAUAGUUUCAGCCACUACUUCUAUGAUUAUAGGCCUCUGCAUCUGCACCCUGAUAAUAAUUUUCCAUGAGAAGUUAUCUUUCCUUUUCACCACAAGCGAUGUUGUCAUCCAAGCAGUUGAUAAGUUAACAUUUCUCUUGGGAAUCACAAUUCUCCUCAACAGCAUUCAGCCGAUUCUCUCGGGAGUUGCUGUUGGAUCAGGAUGGCAAGCGUCAGUAGCCUACAUAAACCUCGGAUGCUACUAUGUAGUUGGAGUUCCGCUUGGAGUUACCCUCGGAUGGGUUUUCCAUCUAGGUGUUGGGGGUAUAUGGAGUGGGAUGAUAGGUGGAACCGUUGCUCAAACCUUGAUUUUGAUCAUAAUGACCAUGAGAUGUGAUUGGGAUUUGCAGGCUGAAAAGGCAAGCUCGCGAAUGAGGAUGUUGGCAACUCCAUCUUCUAAAGCGUAGACAGCAUCACCUUGGGAAAGCAGGAAAGCCAGGUCCUCUAAAAUUUCUAAGAAAUAAACAGUUUCUUUUUGCACAAACUUGCUUGUUACCCAAAUGAGAUAUUGCAUACUGUGAAUUCACUGAAUGUACUAAGUCGGACGAGUCGAUGACAAUUUUUACCCAAAUGAGAUAUUGCAUACACGUCAAAUUUUAAGUGUAACUAAGCAACUUUUUUCAAUUGAUAUCCCAAUAUUAUCCCAAGUUUGCUCAUAUUAGCAUGCAUUGAAAAUUCUUUUUAUUCUGCUCA